CAUAUAUAAAUAUAAUUAACUGAAUAUGGGUAGUUGCUAGGUGAAUUGUUGUGCAAAUAAAAAUGGUGAGAUAGUAUCAAAAGAGGCUAAAAAGAAUGAAGUAGAUUUAGAAGAUCCUGAUUAAAAUGAUUUUGACGAUAAAGAAAACAGUGUGUCAUCAGUUUAAUAAUAAUAACAAUAAGUAUCUGAAACUCCAAGAUAAAAUAAUAAAGAAAGAGAGAAAUUUUAAGUAGAUAACGAGAGUAUGUCAAUGAAAAAGAAUUUGGAACCUUAAUCUGUAAAAGAAGUAAGUAUAACCUAUUUGAAUUGUACUGAAAGGCAAAAGUUUGGUCCAAUAUAAUUAGAUAAAGGAGCUAUAUAUGAAGGUGAAUGGUUAUUAGGAAAGAGGGAUGGGAAUGGUAAAUAAUAAUGGCCAGAUGGUUCAUGUUAUGAAGGAUAAUGGAAAGAUGAUAAGAGUUGUGGUUGGGGUAAAUUGAUUCAUGCAGAUGGAGAUGUAUAUGAAGGAGAAUGGCAAAAUGAUAAAGCGAAUGGUAAAGGAGUUUAUGUUCAUAUAAAUGGUGCUAGAUAUGAAGGAGAUGUAAAAUAAUCAUUCAAUUAUUAAGUGGGUAGAUGAUAGAUAAGAUGGUAUAGGAAUUGAAGUAUGGCCAGAUGGAGCUAAAUAUGAAGGGGAAUAUAAAACAGGGAAAAAAAAUGGAAAAGGAAUUUUACUCUUUGCUGAUGGUUCUAGAUAUGAAGGUACAUUUGUUGAUAAUGAAAUUGAUGGAUAUGGAACAUAUUAAUGGCCAGAUCAAAGAGUUUACACUGGUUAAUGGAGGAGAAAUAAAAUGCAUGGUCAUGGAUAAGUUACAUGGCCAGAUGGUAGAAAAUAUAUUGGAGUAAUCAUUUUUAUAUAAUGUUAUAAAGGAAUAUUUUGAAGAUAAAAAACAUGGAAGAGGAUCAUUUGAAUGGGGAGAUGGUAGAAAAUAUGAAGGAAUAUGGGUUAAUGGUAUUUCUAUAGUUACAAUUAUAUAGGUAAAUAAUAAGGUAUCGGAGUUUAUUAUAUGUCUAAUGGAGAAAAGAAAUAUGGAGAAUGGAAAGAUGGUAUUAAAAAAAGAUGGCUUGAAGCUGAAGAAAUAGAAGUAUAUCUCUAGUAGAAUGCUUAGAAUCAAAAAUAAUAAUGAAUGAC